AGUUACUGGAAGAAUAAAAGAAGCAGGCAUCUUAUAUAACUUUGCCGCCUUUCGACGUUUCCUCGACUUUUGUUUUUUUGUUUCUUUUAUUGGUGACGAUUUGAAAGUCUUAGAGUAGGAGUAUAUGACUUUUUAUAUAUGUACAUAUGCAAUUACGUAGGCUCAUCGUUCAUGCUUCCUUCAGAGUCAUCGCAAAGCAGUAAUCAAUCUAGUUUUCCCUUUGAAGUAUGUAACCUUCUACUUGGAAAAGGUGGGAGUGGCCAAGUUUUUCUUGGUCGCGUUAGCGGAUCGGACCAUUAUGUUGCCAUCAAAAAAAGAUACGCUAAGACAGAUACUCCACAAACUCCCUUGAUCCAGGGAACCCAAAGUGCGCUGCUUCUUACAUUCGGUGCGCGCAAUACUGCCGAGGGCGACACACGAUCGCUAAGUCAAGUAGAAUACAAUGAAAAUGGGCCGCUCUCUCAGCGACGUGAGCUCGACCUUGGCGAGGAAAGUGUAACGCAAAUGAUAGCUCUGUCGCAACAGAGCGGCAGGCAAAUAAUAGAGAACGUUGACAAAAGUGCCCAUUCUGUAUAUUUUCCCAAAGCCCAUGCUCUCAUGGACGAAGUGUCAGUUCUCCAGUAUCUUGGCUCCCAUCCGCAAAUUGUCAGAAUUAUGGGGACCUACACCACAUCGAGGUACAUCAACUUUUUCUCAAUGGAGCUGAUGGAUAGCGACGUCGCGAGAGAGCUCAAAGAAGCGAACCUGUCUUUUCGGAACGAAAGCGUGUGUGUAGCGACUGCAUAUUCAGUUCUCAAGGCAUUAGAGUACUCGCAUGAACACGGGGUGGCGCACCGUGAUGUGAAGCCCGGUAACAUACUGCUGAAGAAGCUGACGAAAGCGGAAGACUGGCCAUGCAUGCUUUUACCUCUCGACAGCGAUAGUACUAAAUUGCUGGCGCCAUCAAAAGCGGAUUCUAAAUCCGCAAGUGACGACGCUGCAUCAUACGUGAAGGCUGCACUAGGAGAUUUCAGCGCGGCACAUGGCGUUUUAAGCACCGAUGACGCAGCCUUUGCAGACACGCGCGGCACUCUGCAUUACAAAUCACCGGAGCAGCUGAUGGGACGGCGAGGUACGGUUUCAGACAACUUCACCGCGGUGGACCUGUGGGGUCUCGGGUGCACAAUGUACGAGAUGAUUAUGGGCAAGUGUCCUUUUCCCGGGAACAGCGAGCUGCAAGUGCUGAUGAACAUUCUUGACCUUAUGGGCAGUGACAUUCAAUCCUUUCCAUCAACAACAAAGCCGAGAAGGCUUUUUCAAGGCAUGUCCGUUUCUGCACCUUUUCUGGAUUUGCUGCAUCGGUUGUUAAGUCUCGACGCAUCUGCACGACCUGCAGCAAAAGAGGCGCUGCAACAUCCGGUGUUUGAGUCACUCCGCGAAGCUGAAGCGCACUUUCAAGGCUCACAGAAUUCAGCCACCGGACAGUCAGUGCCGCCUAUCAUUGGAAUCUCACUGGUGCUCAAGUACGCUUCGUUUACGCACGUCCCACAGCUUCGUUUUUCUCGCAUAUCGCGCACUCCGCUCGCUGCACCACUGCUCGCCCCAGAGCUGCGCAAUUCGGCAGAGGCGCUUCGUUUUCGUUACGUGGCAUCGCAAAGCUCGGCGGAAGGCGAAGUCGCUGCGCUAUCGGCUCUCACGCACUACGCACAAAAAGACAGUGUCUCCCGACACAAAGAGGUCAGCGGCACUGAUGAAAAUGCAGGCGCAAAUGAGUGGAAGAAAGCCGAUGAGGAAAGCGUUGAAACCAGAGCAGCCACCCGCGCCGAAAGCGUCCAGCACCGCAGUCCUGAUGCAACGAUGAUGUCGUUCAUGAGUGAAAGCGAGUAUUUGCACUGGUCCGAGAUUCGCCCUAUGGCACAGCCCUGUGCGCUGACCGCGUCGCAGCUGCAGCGCCCACCUCCACAGUCCGCUGACAAUCUUGAUCAAAGCACUAACGGUCGUGCGGCGGGUUUGUUCGGGGGAAAUACUGGGAGCACGCCGUCCCCGUCGAUAAACUACGCGCAACAGCAGCAACGUCAGCUCUCGGAGUCCUCGCGGCACCCUUCUGUUUCCAUGUACCGCAACACAGUUGCACGCGCAUUAAACAUUAGCGAUUCAAGCAUAAAAGUUGCUCGAAAGGAGCGCAGCAUGUCGCACGUUGACUUCGACCUGAGCCCCGUCGCUGCCACGCAGCUGUUCAGCGCGGACGCGGACGCAGACCUCAGUACAUGCGUCGUGCCUCACGCCGGAAUAACCGCGAUCCCGCGUCCGGCGCUGCCGGUGCUGCAGUUAAAAUGCGGAAGCACGUUUACGGCCAGCAACCUGCGGACAAACUCGAGCUUUGAGCGCGACGGCAACGCGAUGCCCCACCGUGGUGGAAACUUUGUUGCUGCAGGGGCAGUGGCGACGCGGGGCUUUGCAGGUAAUGCGACGGGGAACGGCAACUCCUUCAGCACGCCACGUGAGAACGCGUUGCGGCGCACCACAAGUUAUGUUGGCCGCGCGCUUUGCCUCUCCGAAGAAACAGAUCGCUUUGCUCGCCGCAGCAUAGGCUCCUGCCCAAGUCAGCAGAGUUGCCUCAACUCGCUGCUCGCCUCACCUGCGCCGCGCAGUCGCGUGCAGGAAGGCUCCUCUCCGCACCCGUCGCCGAUUCGGCCGCACGACGCCGCGGCGCGGUCGCCGUCCGGCUUGCCAACUGUAGAGCGCAGCGGUCUCUCAUCCGAUGACUCUGGAGUAGGUCUCGGAUGGAUGAGACUGGGAUUUGAUACAGGAGCCGGCAGCAGCACAUCGGCGGACGCCAGCGUCUGUGCUGCGACCGCCAUUUUGCCGUCUGCAAACACGGAAGUAAUGGCGCAACAAGACGAAAUGAUCUUGCACAUGGCCGCGCCGAUGCUGACCGCAGCGCGUGCUGAGACGCGGCGCAGCUCGUGCGGUGGUGGUACGGCCGGAUUAUCAUUAACAUCUCCGCUUUCCGAAUCUUCACAAGUCCGGCGUUUCCUCCCACGCCCCCUAACAAGCAACUCGGCAACACGGCUUGUUGCGCCGCCUCCAUCCUCGACCCCCGCAGACCCGUUGACGAGCAACGCGUGCGGGGAGUGCAGUAGCAGUGAUGACCACGCUAUGACGGCGCGAGUAUUGCCUCUGCCAAUACCGCUUUCCGUUGCUGCUGCGCAUCACACACCCAGCGUGUCCCGUGAACUCUCCUGCUCGCCCUCUGCGCCUCCCUCACCGUUGUCACGAACGAGCACGAGUGCGCUGCUGCCGCUGCACGAGACGCCGCACACGCAGCGAUUUCCGCGCCGCUUCGCCGCGGCCUCGUCGAAGCGUCGCGGCGGCUCUGCCACCGUCACCGUCAAGUCCGCGUCCCCAGAUCAUCACAGGCAAGAGGCAAGCGAGGCCCAGGUGCUGCAGAGUCAUGACGUCAACCUGCCGCUGUUACUUGUCGGCGACAAGACGCACCGGCGGCGCGCCGUCACGCCUGUGUGCGUCGCGCCCUCUUCGUUACCGGGUGCGCAAAUCACGCUGCCCUCGUACCACGCUGCCGCCGCUGCGCGUUCGCAGCGUCACUGCACCCCUUCGUCGACAGAGCCAGGUCGCGAGGCAUCGGCCGCACCUUGGCACGACACACAUCCAGUGUCCGCCGCGCAGCUCAACGCCUCUGAUGUGUUUGCGGGGGUGUCUUCGCUGCACUGGGGUGGGCACGUAGCCGCGUUGUUGCACACGCCGCCACAGUCUGCUGGCGUCGAGAACAUGCGAGCAGUGGUGGUAGCGUCUGAUGAGGAGCAGCGCUGCAUUGGUGACUGUUUUUGCGCUGCGACACCGCGUAGCACCGGGCGUAGCGCAUACAAACGACCCCGCGAGGAGUUGGUGAGUGAGGAGAGAGAAAAGCCAGCCGAAGAGUGUUGGAUGUAG